AUGGCAACAAACGGAAACACGAAUGGCCACGCCGGGUCUGCUCUUUGUAGCGUCAAGGAGUUCACCGCACAGGAUUUCGACUAUGUUGUUGUUGGAGGCGGAACAGCCGGGCUCUGCGUUGCUGCUCGAUUGACCGAGAACCCUGAUGUUAAGGUCGGAGUGAUUGAAGCCGGCUCUGAUCGGAUGGAUGACCCUCAAGUCUACACGCCUAGCUUGUAUCCAACAUUGAUCGGUCGAGAGAAGUAUGAUUGGUGUUUCCACAGCGUCCCUCAACCAACAGCAGCGAACAAGUCGUACUCCAUGCCCAGGGGCAAACUACUUGGUGGUUCGUCCGGUAUCAAUUACUUGAUGUACGUCCGUGGAAGCAAAGGCGACUAUGACGGCUGGGAGUCGCUCGGUAACAAGGGUUGGGGCUUCGAUGGUAUGGCUCCGUACUUUCGAAAGCACCAGUGUCUUGAUCCUCUCGAAGACGACCGGGUCGAUGAGAAGUUCAUGCCAACUGGGAUGAAGACGAAGUAUCAUGGUAGUGAUGGUCCGAUCCAUACGUCGUUCAACGACUUCUAUCAGCCAUAUGAAAAAGAUUUCUGUACCGCCGCUUACGAAGUCGGUGGCAAGCCAAGUACGCUCGUCGACGCUUGGUCAGGCGACCAUAUGGGUUUCUACUCCUCCCUUGCGGCAGUCGAUCGAACCUCCGACAAAGGUCGCCGUAGUUACUCAGCCACGGGCUACCUCCGACCCAACCUAGGCCGUCCGAACCUCAAAGUCCUAACCGAAGCCAUGGUCACCAAAGUCAACCUGGACGGAAGUACCGCCACAGGCGUAGACUUCAUCCACAACGGCCAAACUUACACCAUCAAAGCCUCUCGGGAAGUCAUCCUAUCCGGCGGAGUGAUCAACAGCCCUCAGAUCCUCGAGCUCUCAGGCAUCGGCGACCCCAAAGUACUGAAAGAAGCAGGCGUCGAAUGUAAAGUCGAGAACGACCGUGUAGGCGCGAACUUCCAGGACCACAUUCUAGGCGGCAUGCUGUAUGACCUGGCUGAUGGUGUCAUAUCCAUGGACUCAAUGCACGGCGCCGAGUACGCCAAAGCCGCACAGGAGCAAUACGACAAGGACAACAAUGGCCCUUACGGCAGUCCCGGCAUGCUCAUGGGAUUCGUGUCGUACGCUAGUCUUGUGUCGCCGGAGCAAUUGAAUGCCACCAUCAAAGAAGUCCGGAAGAACUCGCUUGCGAAGACAGAUUUCGAGAAGCGGCAGGAGGAUAUCAUUGUGAAACAACUGUCCGAUCCGACAUUCGCGAAUAUCCAGACCUUCUGUAUUCCAUGCCAGCUCGAUAUGACGGCCGGCGAGAGCCAGGUGAAGUUCUUCUCCGUGCCGCCGGAUGGGAAGAACAGGGUAUCUUUGCUGGUGUGUCUGGAGCACCCACUGUCUCGGGGGACGGUGCACAUUACGUCUUCAGACCCUAUGCAGGCACCUCGCAUCGAUCCAGGAUAUUUCCGUAAUAACGCCGACGCGAAGAUACUGGCUGCUGGCAUCAAGUGGAUGGACAAGGUCGCCAACCGGCCAAUCCUGGCAAAGAGCUUAGGCGACAGGAUUCAGCCGCCAAAGGACGCCAGUAUUGAAACCGAGGAGGAGCGGGUGGAGUUCGUGAAGAACCAUAUCUCGACGCAGUAUCAUUUGAUCGGCACGUGUACGAUGGGAGAAGUGACGGAUGAUAAGCUGAAGGUGAAAGGAGUGAACAAGUUGCGUGUAAUCGAUGCCUCGGUCUUCCCUGGGCAUGUUUCUGGGAACAUCAUGGCUAGUACGUAUGCUGUGGCGGAGAAGGGCGCGGACUUGGUGAAGGCGGAUGAUGGCCGGUUCUGA